AUGGCUCCUGACAUCGCCACCUUGCGGACAUUGCCUGCUCCUGCGCCUGGGCAAGAUGGUGAGAAGCCAAACAUCCUCUACAUCAUGGCCGAUCAACUGGCCGCUCCUCAGCUCAAAAUGUAUAACCCGGAGUCUCAGAUCAAAACGCCGCACCUGGACCGACUAGCUGCUAGUUCGGUUCAGUUUGACUCUGCGUAUUGUCCUUCCCCGUUGUGUGCCCCUUCCCGGAUGAGCAUGAUCUCUGGCCUCUUGCCCAUGAAGAUUGGCGCGUUUGACAAUGCCUCCCAGAUCAACUCUGAGAUUCCAACAUAUGCUCACUACCUCCGUUCCAAGGGUUAUCACACCGCUCUCGCCGGUAAGAUGCACUUCGUCGGAGACCAGCUCCACGGUUACGAGCAGCGACUCACCAGCGACAUAUACCCCGGCGAUUUUGGCUGGGCCGUCAACUGGGAUGAGCCCGACACGCGGCUCGAGUGGUAUCACAACGCCAGCUCGAUCCUCCAAGCCGGCCCCUGCGGUCGCAGCAAUCAGCUGGAUUACGACGAGGAAGUCAUGUACCGCAGCGUCCAGUAUAUAUGGGAUCAUGUGCGCCAAGGCCCAGAGAAGCGCCCCUUUGCUCUGACGGUAUCCCUCACUCACCCUCAUGACCCGUACACGAUCACCAAGGAAUACUGGAACCGUUACGAGGACGUGCACAUUGCUCUUCCCAGGGUCCGAAUGCCCAAGGAAGAGUUGGACACGCACAGCAAGCGACUGAUGAAGGUUUGUGAUCUGUGGGGUCAGGACUUUUCAGACGCGCAGAUCAGGCGAGCGAGAAGAGCGUACUACGGGUCGGUCAGCUACGUGGACGAUUGCGUCGGGAAGCUGUUGGAGACGCUCGAGGCAGCCGGGUUGGGGGAAGACACCAUUGUCAUAUUCAGCGGCGACCAUGGCGACAUGCUUGGAGAGCGAGGCCUGUGGUUCAAAAUGAGCUACUUUGAGUCGUCUGUCCGAGUCCCUCUGCUGGUGAACUACCCCAAGUGGUUCCCGCCUCACCGCGUCAGCCAGAACGUGUCGACCCUGGAUCUUGUUCCGACCAUCUGCGACCUCGUCGGCACCAAGCCAGCUCCGUACCUGCCCAUGGAUGGCCUGAGCUUGAUGCCGCACCUGCAGGGCAGAGAGGGGGAGGGUAAUGACGGCAAUGACGCAGUAUACGCCGAAUACACCGGCGAAGGAACGGUGCGGCCCUUAAUGAUGAUUAAACGCGGGCCUUGGAAGUACGUUACCUGCCCGGCCGACGAGCCGCAGCUUUUCAACCUGGCCAACGACCCAGACGAGCUCGACAACCUGGCUCGGCUCUCCAAGGUUGCGCCGCAAAGCGCCGCCGAGGAGGCAGCAAAGGCGGUUUUGGCCAAGUUUGAGGCCGAGGCCGAGGCCAGGUGGGAUUUCGACGCCAUCACGGCGCAGGUGCUGCAAUCGCAGCGCAGCCGGCGGCUUGUGUGGGAUGCCCUGAGAGAGGGUUCGUUUACGAGCUGGGAUUUCGAUCCUGUCGACGACGGGAGAGCAAAGUAUAUCCGCUCGACCAUCCCGCUGGACGCGUUGGAGCGAGCGCCGCGCGCGGUUCCCUUUGGUGGACAGCCAUGGCUACGAGUCGAAAGCAGUCAACUCGACCCGCAGUUGAGGAGGAGGAGGAGGAGGAGGAGGAGGAGGAUGAUGAUGAUGAUGAUGAUGACGGUGAGGAUGACGAGGGAACGGUGGACGGACCGGAUUUUGACGUGA